CAAAAUCUCACGGGGGAACCAAAUCGAGCACAACUGUUCACGCGCUUGCUCGCAUAAACAAGAAUGCAUAUGUCAGCUGCGUCGUGUUAUUUUGUCUUGUAAUCGCAUUACCCUUUCGAAAGUCUCCUUAUGAAAGUGCAUUUUAUAAGCGGUUAGUUAAGUUUUUGACAGUAUGGCUUCGACGUCCGACGCCGGGGAUGAAGAAGACAGGCGAACUAGACUAUGCGAGGAGUUUGCCGGGUUAACGACGACUGACAACAUCGUGGCGCAGUGCUACUUGGCGGAGAACGACUGGGACAUGGAGAGAGCGUUGAACCGUUUCUUCGAUGCUGACAUGGAGAAAGUGUUUGAGGAGUCGCUUUCACACCAGGAGCCUCCAACCAAGAACCAAAAAGUGGAGGAGGCAAAAGCUCCUGCAGCAGUAAGCAUCGAUUUAAUGGCAGACAGUCUAGGCUCGUCCCCUCAACCCCCCAAGGACAUCGACAGCGGCUCAAGACUGACGCUAAUCUCAUGGAACGUGGACGGUCUGGACACAGAGAACCUGGCAGAGCGUGCCAGAGGCUUGUGCUCCUACUUGGUGUUAUACACUCCUGAUGUGGUGUUCCUGCAGGAGCUCAUUCCGCCUUACGUACAGUAUUUGAAGAAACGCGCUGUCAGCUACUUGAUCAUUGAAGCAGGUGGCGAGGGCGGCUACUUUACCGGCAUGAUGCUGAAGAAGACGAGUGUCAAGUUGCUGGAAAGCCAAAUUGUGCCUUACCCCACCACUCGGAUGGGACGGAAUCUGCUCAUGGCGCAGGUGACGUUGAGGGGCGCAAAGGUAUGGCUGAUGACGUCCCACCUGGAGAGCUGCAAGGAGCAUUCAGGUGAGCGUAUGAAGCAGCUGCGUGAGGUGACGCGGCAAAUGCUGAAGGCGCCCGAUGACGUCAACGUGCUGUUCGCUGGCGACACCAACCUGCGUGACGCCGAGGUGGUGAAGGUGGGCCUGCCCACCGACGUGUGUGACGUUUGGGAGCGCCUCGGGCGCCAGGAGCAUUGCCGCUACACGUGGGACACCCAUGCCAACUCCAACAAGAGCCUGCCCUACACCUCCCGCUGCCGCUUCGACCGCGUGCUCCUGCGGCCGGCCGCCCACUCUCGAGUGAUCCGCCUGGAUCCCCACCGUAUGGUCCUAGUGGGCUUGGAGAAGCUAUCCUGCGGCCGCUUCAUCAGUGACCACUGGGGCAUCUACUGCAGCUUGAGCACCACCGUCAACCACACAUCUUAAGGGCAGCAGUGCCAUUGUUUCAGCCGCUCUCUCCUCAUGUCGUCAUCUGAUAAAUAUUUGUACUAAUACACGUGACAACAAAUUUUUGUUUUUUUGUCCAACAUGGACAAUGUAGUAUUGGCUUGCGGCCACCAGAGGGCGACACUGCAUCAAAUUUAAUUUAAUGUUUAAUGGUUACACUGUUCUCUUUUUUAACCGAUUGUUGAAUUCUAUUAUAAAAUUAUUAGACCGUUUGUUCUUGAAAACCUUAAAAGUUGAAGCCUUUCAAAUUCACGCUUUUUUGACAAAAUAAACCCUUAUUAGUU